UACAUGGAAAUGAAAGAAUCCGGAGUAAUUAAUGAAAAAACUAUUGGAGAAUCAAAAGUUGCUCUAGUGUACGGUCAAAUGAAUGAACCACCUGGAGCCCGUAUGAGAGUUGGUUUAACUGCCCUAACUAUGGCGGAAUAUUUCAGAGAUGUUAAUGAACAAGACGUGCUUCUAUUUAUCGACAAUAUCUUCCGAUUCAUCCAAGCGGGAUCCGAAGUGUCAGCCUUAUUAGGUCGAAUGCCUUCCGCUGUAGGUUAUCAACCGACCCUUAGUACCGAAAUGGGUUCUUUACAAGAAAGAAUUACUUCUACCAAAGAAGGGUCUAUAACUUCUAUUCAAGCAGUUUAUGUACCCGCAGACGAUUUGACCGACCCUGCCCCUGCUACGACAUUUGCACAUUUGGAUGCUACGACCGUACUAUCAAGAGGAUUGGCUGCCAAAGGUAUCUAUCCAGCUGUAGAUCCUUUAGAUUCAACGUCAACUAUGCUCCAACCUCGGAUUGUUGGUGAAGAACAUUAUGAAACUGCGCAAAGAGUUAAACAAACUUUACAGUAUUACAAAGAACUUCAGGACAUUAUAGCUAUCCUUGGGUUGGACAAAUUAUCCGAAGAGGCUCGCUUAACUGUAGCAAGAGCACGGAAAAUUGAGCGUUUCUUAUCACAACCUUUUUUCAUAGCAGAAGUAUUUACCGGUUUGCCAGGAAAAUAUGUAGGUCUAGCAGAAACAAUUAGAGGGUUUAAAUUGAUUAUUUCUGGAGAAUUAAACGGUUAGAAAGAGAAAUAUCCGCAGGUAUACAACAGCGGAUUGGACCUGAAUACGUGGGUCCUUUGGGAGUUCUUC